CCCUUCCCUGUCCCCUCCUCUCCUCUCUCCUCCCCUCGCCUUUCCCCUCCCCUCUGGUCAGACGGUGGAUGUCCAGUCGGGGAGCGGCUGUGCGGACGGACGGGCCGGAGUAGAGGGGCGAGCGGUGGACGGACCGACCCCAAUGACCAACCAGGCGGCCAACAAACCCUCCAAAGCUGCUCAGCGGCUGCACAGUCUCCGCAAAAACUCCAGCAACCGCAAGAUCUUCUCGGCGGCGUAUCAGGAGUAUGAGAACAGUAGUUCAGAUGAGGAUGCAGAGGAGGGGCAGAGGGCGGAGUGCCGGGACCCGGAGGAGAGUUUCCAGAACAUCCAGAUUCAGAAGGAGAUCAUCUCGACUAUUCGCGUCAAGCCAUGGACAAUGGACAAGAAGCUGAAGGUGUUGAGGCAGGCCAAGGAGAUAGUGCUGAAGUAUGAGGGGAGGCUGACCAGAACAAGAGGCUACCAGGCAGCAGGGGCAGAGCUGUGGAAGCGGCUUGGGAGACUGGUGUACAAUGUCAUGGUGCUUUUUAUCCCCUGGGAAAUGAGAAUCAAGAAAAUUGAAAGUCACUUUGGCUCUGGUGUGGCUUCCUACUUUAUCUUUCUGAGGUGGAUGUUCGGUAUCAACAUCGUGUUGACCAUAAUGACCGGAGCGUUUGUCAUUUUACCUGAGCUGUUAGCAGGACCUCCGUUCGGAAGUAUUCCAAGCAAAACAAUUCCCGUGGGAUACGUCGGAACGGCACAAGAUCUGGAUACCAUCUGGUCACUUGGGGGCUACCUCCAGUAUUCUGUCAUGUUCUAUGGUUACUAUGGCAACAAGAGGAAGAUUGGGCGGGCUGGCUACCAUUUGCCCCUGGCCUAUUUCAUGGUUGGAAUGGCCAUAUUCGCCUACAGCUUCAUCAUUCUGCUGCGCAAGAUGGCCAAGAACUCUCGACUGAGCAUGGCCAGCGCCUCUGAUGAAAACUACACCUUCUGCUGGAAGCUGUUCUGUGCCUGGGAUUACCUGAUUGGCAACCCAGAGGCUGCAGAGAGCAAGACGGCCGCAGUCAUCAACAGUAUCCGAGAAGCUAUUCUGGAGGAGCAAGUGAAGAAGAAGGAUAGAAGUCUGGCAGUGAUCAUCAGUCUGAGGAUCCUUGCCAAUAUCCUGGUGCUUCUCUCGUUGGCUGGUAGCAUCUACAUCAUCUACUUUGUUGUUGAUCGUUCUCAGGAGCUGGAGCGGACCAAGAUCGAGCUCACUCUCUGGGAAAAGAACGAGGUCAGUGUGGUAGUUUCACUCAUCACCAUGAUUGCCCCGUCUGUGUUUGAGCUGGUCGCCCAGCUGGAGAUGUUGCACCCCAGGACCACACUGCGCUUCCAGCUGGCCAGGGUGCUGGUUCUGUACCUGGGAAACCUCUACAGUUUGAUCAUCGCUCUGCUUGACAAAGUGAACAGUAUGAGUAUGUUGGAUAACACCAAUGACACAGGCUCAUCAUUCUUGGCCACCAGAGCGCUGCCAGAGGAGGAGAAUCUCUCGACCAUCGUACCUGAGAUCAGGCUGAGGCAGAACAUCACCUUCAGCUCAGCCUACAACAAAACAAAACCAAUAAGCAAGUUUAAUAAGUCGGCCACAUAUGACUACAACAUUCUGUCACAACAAGACCAGUGCUGGGAAACGUAUGUGGGACAGGAGAUGCUGAAGUUGUCUAUCAUAGACAUGUUGUUCACCGUUGGCAGCAUUCUGCUCAUUGACUUCAUUCGUGGCCUCUUUGUCCGAUACCUGAGUGACUGUUGGUGCUGGGAUCUGGAGAACAAGUUUCCCGAGUAUGGAGAGUUCAAGAUAGCGGAAAAUGUACUGCAUCUGAUAUAUAACCAGGGAAUGAUAUGGAUGGGAGCUUUCUUCUCACCUUGCCUUCCAGCCUUCAACGUCCUCAAACUGAUUGGUCUGAUGUAUUUAAGGAGCUGGGCAGUGCUGACGUGCAAUGUUCCACACCAGCAAGUAUUCCGAGCGUCAAGGUCUAACAACUUCUACCUGGCCAUGACCUUGUUCAUGUUGUUCUUGUGUAUGCUGCCCACUGUCUUUGCUAUUGCCAGAUACCGGCCAUCACAGAGCUGUGGGCCCUUCAGUGGCCAGGAUAAGAUUUAUGACAUUGUGUCUGACACAAUAGUGAAUGAUUUCCCCGGCUGGUUCAACAUGGUGAUGAGUUACGUCACCAGUCCCGUGGUGGUCCUGCCUGCUCUGCUCCUGCUCUUUAUGCUGAUCUAUUAUCUCCAAUCAAUUGCUCGCUCACUAAAGUUUACCAACAAUCAACUCCGGAUGCAGCUGCAAGUUGAGAGAACAGAAGACAAGAAGAAAGUGUCACAGAUGGUAGCAGCAAGGUUUCAGGAAGAAAGCAAGAGUGGAGAACACGAGAGUGAUGUCACCAGCCAGGGGUCGUCCCUGCACUUGUCGCCCCGUAGGAAUGGGGACUUGGUGAACGUCGACUCGCCCGCCUGUGCCAGGACUCGCGUCCAGAGUAUUUCCCAUCAGCUGGCUCAUCCUGCCACCCCCCCGCGGGUCAUCGACCCCACUCACCACCCGCCCGCUGGAGCUGCACUAAAGCAGCGGGGUGAACACCACCCACACAGGUACCCGGCAGCUGUGCCAGCAACCACGAGUGGCCACUACAGAGCCAAGCCACCAGCCAGCCGGGUUACCAGAUUGCCGGAGCAUCUCCGUGCCGAGGUGCCGAUUCGGAAGUGCGUGAGACCGGUUGUCUAUUCCCCCACACGAGGUCCUCCACAGACGAUUCUGGGCCGUAGGGUCCACACUGCCCGGUACAUCCUGGUUAAUGAGCGGGAAUCCAGGACCAGGAUGAUGCGUCCCAUCGGCAGAAUCACCAAAUGUUACACCAUGGAGGAGCCUAGAGAAAUGGUGGAGAUGCUGCCACGCAAGGUGAAGCAUUACGUCAUGCACAGAGCACAGGGGGUGAGCUCGCAGUUACACUUCAGCGAGGAGGAAGAGGAGGGGGACGAGGAAGAUGUGGCACAAACCUCCUUCAUCACAUCACCUCGCCCCCACUCCCUGUCAGACCUCCACCAACCCACUCGCUUCUACAUCGGCGACAGCAAAGACAGUCGGCUACUGAUCGGGAAAGACUCGACCCAGAUUCAGUACGGGUCAUACAACGAGGGGCACGUUGUACCUGGGACGUCCCACGAUCAGGGACCUGACAUCCAAAGUACGGGAGCUCACGCCAAGCGGAAGGCCAAGCAGAGAGCAGACCAGUCACUGACCGAAUCAGACUCGGUAUCCAUAGCAUCGAGCAGUGACCUGCAAAACAGCAGCACUGACCAGUACAUACAGGUCAUUCACAGCAAGGACAAAUGUGUGAAACCUUCUAGUGACAAACUAAACACACCCAAGUCAAGAGCAAAUGUUGAACUGAAUGUUACUGAGGCUAAAAAGCUAAUAUGUUCAAAUGUCUAGAGGGAUGAUACCUUUGUUUACACACAAGGUCAACAUGUACAGAAUGUACUACUGCAUGGUGUGCCUAUGCUGAAUGUUAUUUUAGUUUUUAGAGAUACAGCAUGGAAACAGGCCCAUCAGCUCACUGAGUCCACGCCGACCAC